UAAAGCAUUAAUUAACCUCAGCUUUUUUUAACAGUACAUUUGACACAAAACAACGUUAACUAUCAAAUUAGAUCACGAAUUCUCAUACCAAAAAUGUGCCCUUUUGUUAAAGUACGAGACUGGGGACAUAUUAAUGUAACAGCUUUAGGAUACUUUUUUUCUUCUUCUUCCCAAAACCUAAUUGUGAGACUGGCUGUAACAGACGAUCUUUGAUCCAUUACGGCGUAGACACGCUGAAAUUAAUGGAAUAUAAACAAUACUAUUAGAACCGUCCGGUUAAUUUAACGUGAAUUUUCAUUAAAAUUUUAUCUUUUGCAUGAAAAACGAAAAAAUGUGUGCGUAACAUCAAAUUUCGGUCGUGAUAAAACAAAAAUGUUAUUUCCUUCCGACGUCUUGUUUCUGCCCGGUCAUGUGACACGGACGGUACAACAGGACAUGUUACCAAAGGACGAAGACAUCGUUGAAGUGUCUCGAAAUGAUGACACCAACAAAGUGCAGAUGAUUAAAGGUGCAGCCUUUUUGAGCACGGUGGCGUCUUUGGGGCUCAUCGCGGGCUUUGGCUCCACUCUGGCGCUGGCCAAGAAGAACAACCCAGACUGGUUUAAUAAGGGCGUUACAGCGACGCUUCCUGAGAGCGGCGCAGCACUUGCCUUGCGGGCUCUUGGCAGAGGUUCUAUGUACGCCUGGUGUGGCGUGGGGCUGCUCAGCUUCACCGUGUGGAAACUUCUGGAUGUUCACAGCCUGUCUGAGUUCAGAUGCAAGAUGGCCUCUUUCUUCCCGCCUAUCCCAAAGUCGGACACGGCGGGGGGGUCUGACUUGCAGGACUUGGAGUCGCUUUUUAAGUCCAAGUAACAGAGGCACUAAAGUGAGCGUGUUGGAACACAGCCCAGUUGAACUGAGAACGUUUGGUGCUUUCAGGGACCCUCAGACAAAGCGGGGACACUGGACAUGUGUCAUUUGACUCAUGUUAAUUGAAUAUGUGAAUAUCAAUACAUGCUUGUGAAGCUUGUUGUUAGCUGCAUAUCCCUACAAUGAAAUAAGUGCUGGAAACUGACAAGGUCCUCAUAAACGAAGAUGCUUUUGG